UUUGCAAUUUAUCAACGCAAAGAAAGCUAAGUGGAGAGAAGAAAAGAUUCCUUACCGCACCCACCCCACCCCACCCCACCACACCCACGCACCCAGCCUUUCCCCUUUCGCUGUCAUUCCCAAAACCGAUCCUUUACUCCCCUCCCUCCUCAUUUCUUCCGGUCUUACUUUCCCUUUUUCUUCUUCUUCUUCUUCAUCUGGGUCUACUCCUUACAUAAAAUCUCACCUCAAAAUCUAACCAAACCCCACAAAUAUUUCUGCUUUUGGGUAGAAAGAACCAUGGCAGCUGUUAUUGAAACCCAGAGUUUGGGCUUUUUGGUAAUUGUACUCGCUCUAGCUGUUAGUGUUAGGGGGAAUUCAGAAGGGGAUGCUUUGUACGCUCUCCGCCGGAGCUUAUCCGACCCGGAUAACGUGCUCCAGAGCUGGGAUCCGAAUCUUGUCAACCCUUGUACUUGGUUUCAUGUUACUUGCAACGGCGAUAACCACGUCACUCGUGUGGACCUUGGCAACUCAAAGUUAUCUGGUCAUUUGGUACCUGAACUUGGAAAGCUGGAACAUCUACAGUAUUUGGAGCUUUACAAAAAUAAUAUUCAGGGAACCAUCCCUAAAGAGCUUGGCAACUUGAAGAGCCUUAUCAGUCUGGAUCUGUACAACAACAAUAUUUCAGGGACAAUCCCUCCUUCACUGGGAAAGUUGAAAAAUCUUGUUUUCCUGCGUCUGAAUGAUAACCAGCUAACUGGACCAAUCCCAAGAGAACUUUCUAGUGUUUCUAGCCUGAAAGUAGUGGAUGUCUCAAAUAACAAUUUGUGUGGAACAAUUCCUACUUCUGGUCCAUUUGAGCAUAUUCCACUGAACAACUUUGAGCACAAUCCUCGACUUGAAGGUCCGGAGUUGUUGGGACUCGCUAGCUAUGACACCAAUUGCUCUUAGGAAAGUUGAUGAAUAGGCUCAGAAGAACAGCCACUUUUUGUGGAAGUUCACAUAAAUCCCUUCCCUGAAUCUUGGUUAUUAUUGUACUUACUAUGUGUCCAAGUUGUAAUUCUAAUGAAAGAUAUGGUGUAUGUAGGAUAUUAGUAAGUUAUUGAAUGUGUGUAAAACGGUCAAUGUACUGCUAUCAAGUGCUAAUGUAUUUUAUAUUUCAAUGUUUAGUGAAAUGGUUCAAUGGGUUUAGAAAAA